AUGGUGUUUGCAGUUGAUGAAAUUAAUGAAAAUCCCAGUAUUCUGCCAAACAUAACUUUGGGGUUCCAGAUUUAUGACUCAUGCCACACAGAGGCAAAAGCAAUUGAAGGUACUUUGUUACUGUUAACUGGGAUAAAGGAGGCUGUUCCAAAUUACAGAUGUGACCAUAUCACACUGCCAUCUGCUAUCAUUGCUGAACUAACCUCAAAGGCAACCCUCCCCGUUGCAAGAAUGCUGGCACUGUACAGAUAUCCACAGAUUAGUUACGGCUCUGUGCUUCCCAUACUAAGUGAUAAAUUAAAUUUCCCCUCAUUCCUCCGAACUGUCCCAAAAGACACAGCUCAGUCAUUUGCAGUAGCUCAAUUGCUCAGUUAUUUUGACUGGAAGUGGAUUGGAAUAUUAGCUUCAAACAAUGACCUUGGGAGAAUUGGUAGCGAGAAUGUCCAAACAGAAGUAGAAAAGCAAGGGGGGUGUAUUGCAUUCCUUGAAAUCAUCUCAGUGUUUGACACCAAAAAAAGGCACAACAAUGUUAUUAAGAUGAUCCAAAGCUCAUCGGCAAAAGCAAUUGUUGUUUACUCUACUGCUGAGACCCUGGUGCCUUUCAUGGAGGAGGCUUCAACACAUAACUUGACUAGGAAAAUCUGGGUUGGAACUUCCAUUUGGUCAGUAACUGCAGACUUUUCCAGAUGGGGCAUCAAGGAAAUGCUGAAUGGAAUGCUAGGAUUUGCACAUGAGCAAGGAGAGAUCCCAGGAUUGAAAGAAUUCCUGUAUAUUGAAACAGAGGCAAUUAAUCAUAAUAAUAGUGUUCACCCUUCUAAGUACCCAGAUGACAGUUUUAUUAAGAUAUUUUGGGAGGAGGCAUUCAACUGCAAAUGGCCGGUUUCUCUUAUUAGCAUUGAGACAAAAAUAAAUAAGACUAUGGGGAUACAAUCACGAUGUACUGGUGAAGAGACACCAAAAAGUAUUGAUGUUUCCAAGUACGAUGUAAACACCUUCCGAUUUACCUACAGUACAUAUAACUCUGUAUACGCUGUAGUGCAUGGCUUGCACAAAUUGCUUUCCUUUAAGCUUAAUGGAUCUUCUCUUACUGCUUCUUGUACAAAAGGCACCAAAUGUCAUCCAUGGCAGCUACAUCACUUUAUUAAAUCUGGGCAUUUUGUGAAUUCUGCUGGAAGGGAGGUAUAUUUUGAUGCUAGUGGUGACCCACCUCCUGUAUAUGAUCUCCUGAAUUGGCAGAUAUUUAAAGAUGGAAGCAGCAAUAAUGUGAAAGUUGGAAGUUUUGAAUCGCACAAGCCUCAUGGUCAGCAACUCACAAUCAACAGUAGUACCAUCUUCUGGUAUGACAGGAAACAACAGGUUCCACGUUCUGUCUGCAAUGAAGAUUGUCCUGUUGGAUAUAGGAGAGCUGCAAAACCAGGACAACCCCUGUGCUGCUUUGACUGUGUUUCUUGCAAUGAGGGGGAGAUAACUAAUUCCACAGAUGCCAGUGACUGUGGGAAGUGCCCUGAAGACCAGUGGUCCAACAAAGGUCGAAAUCAAUGUAUUUCUAAAAUCACUGAGUAUCUCUCCUAUGAAGACCCGUUAGGAGUAUCUCUGUCAGCCAUCGCGGUAUGCUUCUCCAUGAUCACAGCUUCAGUACUUUUCAUUUUCAUUAAACACAGAGACACUCCUAUAGUAAAAGCCAACAAUCUUCAGCUAAGUUAUGUUCUCCUUCUGGCCUUGAUAUUAUGUUUCCUUUCUCCUCUAAUAUUCAUUGGACAACCAAAUAAAUCUAAUUGCAUGUUUCGUCAGGUUGUGUUUGCUAUUGUUUUUUCAGUUUGUGUUUCUUCCAUUCUUGCAAAAACUACAGUUGUUGUUGUUGCCUUUAAGGCCACACAGCCAGGCAGCAAAAUGAGAAAAUGGCUGGGUUCCAAGCUUCCUUGUACUAUUGUAACAUUUUGCUCAUUGUUUCAAGUAACCAUAUGCUUAUCGUGGCUGCUUACUUUUCCUCCUUUCUCUGAAUUAAAUAUGACAGCUGAGCAUGGUAAAAUAGUAAUCACAUGUAACGAGGGCUCCAUGACAGCAUUCUGGUGCAUGCUAGGAUACAUGGGCCUGCUAGCUAGCAUAAGCUUUGUUGUUGCAUUCUUUGCUCGAAAUCUGCCUGAUAGUUUUAAUGAGGCAAAGUAUAUCACUUUCAGCAUGCUUAUUUUUGUCAGUCUUUGGAUAUCUUUUAUCCCAACGUAUCUGAGUACACGCGGGAUGUAUAUGGUAGCAGUGGAAAUAUUUGCCAUACUAUCUUCCAGUGCAGGAAUGCUUGCAUGCAUUUUUUCUCCCAAAUGCUACAUCAUACUUUUAAAGCCAGAAUUGAAUACAAGGGAAAGGAUGGUAGGAAAGAAAAAUUAA